AUGGAAGGACCAGUCACCCCUAAAGCCCAUGAGGAAAGGCAAGCAGCAGAGAAGCCACACCAAUGUUCACAGUGUGGGAGAUGUUUUGCUUGGCAGUCAGGACUUUCUAGGCACAAGAAAAUUCAUUCAGGAGCAAAACCUCACAAGUGUCCUGAAUGUAUGAAAAGCUUCCUUCGUAGGUCAAACCUUUACAGACACCAAGAGCUUCACAUGGGAAAGAGGCCCUUUGCAUGUCCCAUAUGCCAAAAGCGAUUCACUAGAUAUCUGACCAGCUGCGAUGGGGCUGUACAUUCAGUUCUCCGCAGAGAGAUGUAG